AGCCGUAAACCAAAACAGAAUCCUGCCCAAAACAAGCUAGCGGUGCUUUGUGUACACUUUCUAACGGGGAAAAGUUUUGAUAAGUUUUUUUUCCUCUAAAAAAGAAUUGCGAAUUUCUUUCGCGACGCGAUGGACCAACCGUCGAUGGUUUGUCGUGUCUGUGCCAGCGGCGUACCGGAGUUUGACGAUUCGACGGUGCAGUUCAGUUCCGUGUCCGGCAUCUACCAGACGCUCACUUCGCUGAAGCCAAUAACGAUGGACUUGCCGGACGUAACUUGCCAGAGUUGCUACACCAAGCUGGUUGAAUUUGAUGACUUCCGGACGGUUUGUCUGGAGGCGUUCGAAAAGCUGCUGAAGGCGGCCAAGGGGAAGAUCUCGAAGGUGGAACCGCUUGCGGAGGACGACGACAAGCCCAAUCUGGAGGCACUGCAAUUUCAGCUCGGUGAAGCCGACGAGGAGGAAUUUGACCAGAACAUGCUGGAUGUUAAGGUCGAAAUGCUGGACGAGGAUGGUCAGCCGGAUGGUGCGAGCUCUAUCGGCGAUGACGACAAGGAGGACGACUCUUCGUCAUCGGACGACGAAAGUUCGGAGAGUUACGACAGCGAAGAUUCAAUGGAGGAACAGAAACCCAGGAGGAAGAGAGGUCCGUACAAAAAGAGAACCGGAACCAGGAAAUAUUCGGUCAGCCAGAAGAAAUCGAAUGAAAAGAGAGACAAACUGCAAUGCGACAAGUGUGAUAAGUUUUUCUACGAUCAAAAGCGUUUCGAGGGUCACCAGCGAGUUCAUCAGGGGUUGAAGGAGGCCAAAUGUGACAUCUGUGGAAAAAUGUUCUCCAAGUGGUACUACAUGCACAUUCACCACAAGCUGGAGCACACCGGCGAGCAGCGGGAGCAGUUUGCGUGCGACGUGCCCGACUGUGGCGCGGUUUUCAAGCAAAAGGUCAGUCUGCAGAUGCACCGGCGGAAGAAGCACGAGCCGAACAGCGAGCCGGAAACGCCGACGCACAUCUGCGACGAGUGCGGCAAGACGUGCACCUCGGCGUCCAAUUUGAGGAUUCACAAAUACUCGCACGGCGGAAAUCAUCCGAUUCCGUGCACGAUGUGCGAUCGACGGUUCGAGAGUCAAAGCAAGCUGAAGGUCCACAUGAUGCGACAUGAAGGUAUUAAGCGGUACACGUGCUCGGUUUGUGGGCUAAAGAAAACGACAGUGACGGAGUUGAAAAUCCACAUGAACACUCAUACCAGAGAGAAGGUUUAUCCCUGCGACGUGUGCAGUGCCGUAUUUUCCACUAUCGGUGGUCGCAGUCGCCAUAUCAAGGUUGUUCACCAAGGUAUCAAGGCGUUCAAGUGCACCUUCUGCGAGAAGUCAUUCGGGAAGGCCGAAACCCUUAAACAUCACGUUAUGACCCAUACCGGAGAAAAACCUCACGCUUGUGAUCAAUGUGAUCGGCGAUUCAUCCAGCUGGUGGCGCUGCAGUCUCACAAGAAGACUCACAAUAAAGGAUUGUAGGGUGUGGUAAGAAGGA